AUGCAGAGCCCCCUCAAGCGCCCCAGGGCCGAUACAGACCAUUUGAAGGGCCUGUCGCAACAGCAAAUUGAGCAGCAGCAGCAGAAGCAGCGGCAGCAGCAGGACCAGCAGCGGCACGGGGCCCAACGAGAUGACAAUCUGCGGCAGGGGCUGGCUGCGGCACCAGCUAACUUCAAGCAGGCAGCCAUCGACCACCUGGUGGCGCGCAUUCGUGACCCGCGGUCCGCCGAUGCCGCGGUGUUGCCGCUGCGCCCCGCCCUGGCGCCGCUGGAGCGGGAGCUUGCGGCGCUGCUGAGCAACGUAGUGAUCGGCGGCCAGAACGUGUCGUUGCUGGUGAUCGGCGAGCCAGGAAGCGGCAAGACCCUGCUCCUUGAGCGCGUGCUGGGCGGGCUCUGCCGUGAGCACAACUCGUCACCCGCAAACCCCACGCUCGGCGUCGUGCGCCUGCACGGCGCGCUGCACGGCGACGAGCGCGCCGCGUUCCAAGAAAUUGCGCGGCAGCUGUGCGCCACGUUUGGCUGCACGUUCUCUCGAUCUGCAAGCUAUGAUGACAACCUCGGCUUCCUGAAGGACAUGCUGCUGCAGCUGCGCAGGGCGCUCAAGUGCGUCGUGUUCGUGAUCGACGAGGUGGAGGCGUACGUGAGGGUGGCCAAGCAGAUGGUGCUGUACAACCUCCUGGACGCCCUCACCAGCAGCCAGGUCCAGGCGGCGGUCCUUGGCGUAACGUGCCAGUGGGACGUCCAGGACGCCAUGGAGAAGCGCGUGCGCUCGCGCUUCAGCAGCAGGCGCGUGCUGCUGCCGCCGCUGGACCACACAAAGGCGAGGCGGGCGGGGGCCGGGGCCGGGCGCCUCAGGGGGUGCGGGCCGCGCUGGCUCGCCGAGGAGACACCACGAGCGAUGUUGCAGCACAUGCUGUCGCUGCCAGAGCAGCUGGCCUCGCAGCCCCAGGGCCGCAGCUACGAGCGGGAGCUGGCGAUGGCGCUCGACAGCGCAGCCGUCAAGGCCAAGCUCAAAGAGCUGUCAAAGAUCGGCGUCUGCCCCCGAGAUCUGGCCGUGAUCUCGACGGCCGCGCUGUCGCGCUGGCAACUGCAACACAUGGGCCCGCUCGGCGCGCAGCACCUGCUGGAGGGGGUGGACGCGUGGCUGCGGCCGCUGCGCAGCCGGCCGGCGGCGGUCGCGGGGAUGAGCGCGCUGCAGCUCGGGCUGCUGGUGGCGGCGCAGCGGCUGGAGGACCGCGGGCAGGGCACGUUCAACUUUGAGAUGGUGUUUGACGAGUUCCUAAAAGCAAAGAACGAGAGCUUGGGCCCCCUCUGGCGCAAGCCCGCCGCAUGGCGCGCCUUCAGGGACGUUGCCAGCACCGGGCUCGUGCAGUUCACGGCCGCCAGGGCGGAGAGCAAGGGGCUAAUGCAGCAGCACUGCGCAGCGCAGCUGCUGCUGACUCGUGCUGAGCUGGACGCGGGGAUCCAGCAGCACCCCGCCUGUCCAGACCACCUCAAGCGCUGGGCACGCGGCGACGCGCUGGGGGGCACAGGCCUGAUAUGA